CACGCGCUCGCCCCGCCUCGUCCGCUGCUAGUGCUGCCGCGUCGUGUCGACGCGACGCGUCCUUCUCGUCAGUGUGCCGGUGCCAGCCGCCCCGCUGGACGCCGCUGCUCCCGAGUGCAGCCCGCGGUGCUGCCAGCAGAGUCGCGCAGAGUCCCAGGUGGCCACGGGGCUCGUAACCAUGGCGACGCAGUACAUGACCGAGAGCCACUACUCGUCGAUGCAGUUGCCUUCGGGCUUCAGCAUCGUCGUGGACGACGUGGACGGCGACCGCGAGCCGCUGUCGCUGCCCGAGGAGGAGAUGGCCGCGACGGCGUCCACGUCCGCGGCCGGCUGCCACGUGGAGGAGGGCCAGGACGCCCUGGAGACUGUACCCUGCCUCUGCGGGGUGACGGGGGCGCCCCACGAGAGGCGCAACAGCUGGGGGCCGAUGAACGCGCACCUCUGCUCUGAGCGCAUCCGCCAGUACCAGGUGGAGGCCGAGAGUCGCAAGAACGAGUUCGCCAAGCUGCUGGAGGAGCACGCCCAGGUGGUGCUGCGCGUCAAGCAGAUGGAGCAGCGCGAGCAGCAGCAGCAGCAGCAGCGGCAACAGCAAGCCGGGGCAGCGGGGCCGUCGGGGGCAGCCGGGGGGCAAGGCCAGCACAAGCAGGAAGAGGAAGACGAGCCGCCACAGCAACUAGACCAGCCUCCAAAGAAACCAGAUAAGCCACCAAAGCAGCAAGAUCGACAACCCAAAGAGCAAGGUCAGUCUGCAAAGCAGCAAGAUCGACAACCCAAAGAGCAAGGCCAGUCAGCAAAGCAGCAAGAUCGACAACCCAAAGAGCAAGUUCAGUCUGCAAAGCAGCAAGGUCGACAACCCAAAGAGCAAGGCCAGUCAGCAAAGCAGCAAGAUCGACAACCCAAAGAGCAAGGUCCGUCAGCAAAGCAGCAAGAACUGCCAGACAAGCGGCAAGAUGACGCAAAAAUACAGGAAGACCAAAAACAGAAGGAGAAAGACCAGCAACAGGAGAAGAAAGAGCAGGCACAGCAGCAGCCUCAACAGCAGUCUCCCAAGGAGGGCUGCACACCCAAAGAAGAUCAGGAACGAAUCUCAAGUGAGGGAGGCAUUUAAGUAUUUUAUCUUAAUCUUAUUUGCUCUGCAUCAACAUUGUUCAAUCUUAAAUCCAUUAUCUCUCAAUCAGUCAUCGAAAUGCCAUCAAUCGGUCAGAUUGUGGCAAUAAUGGUAUGAUAUAAUUUAUUUAACUACAGGUAACAAGGUGUGUUACUGUUUUACUAUUAUAUUUGUUGUGGAGUCACUACGACUGUUCUUCUUCGGAUCCAUUCCUCAUUUGUCCAUUUGUUAUUUGACCUCAGUCAAAUAUACAGUAGCAGCCAGUCCUCUUAAAAGUCUUCACCUUCACUCUGCAUUCUGCAUUUUGGUGUUAAUAAUUUGUCAGUUUGCAGGUUCCAAGUGUGUUUCAUUGUUCGUAGGCAUUUAUCCUGCAAAUUUCAUACUUCACGAUGGGAGCUCUUUGGCUAGCUUCUACCAACUAAACAUCUUGCAUUGUUUUCUUUUAAAAGUCUAUUUCUCAAUGUUGCAUAGAUAUAACAGAUGGAUUUAUCUGAUUUCUUUCUUGGAUUUGUAGUUACAUCUUCAAUUGUACUCGUUUCAUAGUUGUGUUCCCUGUUACACAAAUAGCCUCUGGUUUGCUCUUAGAUGUGUUACCUUGUGCUAGCAUCAUCUCAGGUGGAGCGUAAGAACCUUGCCUGUUCACAGGUGCGGAAUGGUGUGAUAUACAUUUUAUUGUGAUGGAUUUCUGAGAAUUGCAUUAAAAAAUGAGAUAUUCUGAUUUUAAACAACCUUUAUAUGCAAAUUUUGGCCUAAUAAGUGCUUAAAAGAAAAUUUACAAUUUUUAUUUUCCUUUACAAUGAUACGUACAGUCUUGUGGUACAAACUGCAUGAUUGUUGGUGCUGUUCCAUUCACUUGCAGUGAGUACCCAAAGUGUCUCUCUGAAGAACAAGGUGCCCAAUGAAUUUUCUUGGAAGACCAAGUUGUAGUCUUCUUUCUGAAAGUGUGUCUGAUUUCAUACCGGUCGUCUCAGCCAGGACGACGCCGUGCUGCGUUUUGCCCAUCCGAGGUGGCAGGUCUGCACGAAACGCGACCAGGAGCCUGGAGCCCUCAAGGCGCUGAGAUAGAGAGGCCAACCCGGAACGCUCCGUCGACGUGACUGAGACACCCGGUACUGUGUUCCAAAAUUGAAAUGACUAAUUUUGAGGAAUGUAGGGAACGGCGAGGGUAAGGACACUAGAGGUUGGUCACCAGAGACCCCUUCAUUAAUAUUCAUUAAAGGUAGGCAACACAUGUUUGCGCACUUUCUUGGGACUUCCCUUGUCGUGCUGAGCUAAUGGAGUUAAUCCUCAAUGAUUACGCUGUUUAGGAGUUCUUCUGGCCUCAUAUCAGGUUUAUUCUGUUGAAUGCUUGUGUUCUAACAUUCCCCUUAAAUUAGUGACUUGACAUUUGGGCCACCCUGUACAUUAUUUGUCAAGAUUUAUAUUACUUUUCAUACCUAAUGAAUGCAUCCAAUUCUGAUAGUCAGUUGUUUUGUUCAUGAAGCAAACAUUUUUCAGGAUUACAGUUACUGGUCACAUGACUGUUGUUUAUUUCAAAUUUUAAAUGUACAACAAAAACAUAUUUAUUAAUUUUAAGUACUGUAAAUUGUGUGAAAUAAGCUUUCCUUAAGAAAAAUUGAACAACUUCAUUAGUAUCUUAUUAGGAAUAUAAAAUGCUGUGAAUAAAAAGAACGGUAAGAAUAAGAACUUGAAUUAUUAUUUUUUGUUCUAAAGCAUUGUUACAGAUGGUCUGUAUAAGUAUUAUACGAGAAAUGACAAUAAAUGUAUCAAAUGCUUGGG